GCACAACAAGACUGUCAACAUGGCUGACUCGUCUCCGUGGCAAGCUGGUCAACAAGCCGACAUGAACCAGGGGUCAGCAGUACUGGAGAUGGAAGGAGUGGAGAUGACAGAUGAAGAUGGGGAUGCUUCAGACUAUGAGAACAACAUGUCAGGGUCACAGAGUGGUGGAGACAAAGAGGGCAAGUUCAUGGAUGAUGUCCGUCAGCGUGUUGGUCAAAAUGUCACACAAAUGAUGUGGAAUGCAGGGAGACAGAGUGCUCAGAAAGCUUGGAGUAUCUAUGGCAACAUUGACAUUCUACGCCCUUAUUUUGAUGUUGAACCUAAAGAGGUUCAGAGGCGGCUGCUGUUUUCCAUGAUACCACAGAAACCUACCAGUCAGAGACAGCGAAUUCAGAAGGAGUUAUAUGGACCGCUGAUGGUGAUCUUCACAAUGAUUGCUUUGCUGCUGUACCAGAUGAAAGUUUCUUCCCAUUCUGUGGAGGAGGGGACGCUGAUGGGAACGGCGUUUGUGGUGUGCUUCUCAUACUGGUUCGGAACGUCAUCUUUCAUAUGGUUCCUCAGUUACGUCUGCAACGUCAGGAUAGCGAUGGUGCAGGUGCUGUCUAUGGUGGGCUAUGGACUGUUUGGCCACUGUGUAGUACUGUUCCUGGGAACUGUGAUACACACCACUCAUGAUCAUAUGUUCUUCUAUCUACUCUGGGCUAUUGUUGGAGGCCUUUCUGCACUGAAAAUGGCAUGCAUAAUCAUGUCGCGAGCCAGUGGGAAGACGGAGCGGCUGAUCGUGAUCGUGGUUCUAGCUUCAUUACAUCUCCUGUUCCUCCUGUAUCUACACUUUGCGUACCACUCUGUGGUAGAAGAGAUGUCCGCAAUGUUUGAGGAUCAUCGACACGAGCCAAUCCAGCCCGUGGUGGCGCAGAGGAUCGCGGAGCAGGGCCUGGACAGGAAGGUUGAGAAUGCAGCAGCAAAUGUGAUGGAGAAAGUCACGCAGAGUGCACUCUAGUGAAGACGAACCUCCAUAGCAGGCUGCUCUCACAGGAAGUCGUCUGCCAGGGAUAAAGGGAGGUAAUCCAUGCUCAUGGCUUCAGCCAUUGUGAAGUUGCUUUUCAAAACUAUAGAAAUGAACUGUGAGGAGUGACUGAGAUUCUCUUUAUGCCUGACUUUACCUGGGAACAGAAACUGGAGGAUGUGGCAAUAUGGAUCUGAACCAGAUUGAAAUACUUGUCAAGUGGAUCCCCAACACUGAAGGUUCAAACUCAAAACUUGCACACGCAUGCAUACACCCCAUCCCCACUGAACAUACAGAAUUAAACUUUAAGAAUGUGAUUCAACCACCCAACCAUCCCUGCCACCUUGAUCCGUUUCGGUCCAGUGUUUCUGUUUCCAGCAACUCAUCCUGUGUGAACUGAAAUUAAGAGAGCAUUUACACUGGGUAUAUGUUCUCUCAAUUUUCUCUGUAGACUAUUCUUGCCUGAGUGUACUUAAUAUUGAUAAGCAAACUUACUGGAAGUGGCAAACAAGCUCACUAUAGAUCAGGAGUGUAGGGAGUGCGCACCUCCCCUUUUCCAGAUAAGUGUCAACCUAUGUCAGUCCCUCCAGGAAUGUCUAGACCUCAACUUUUUCAAAAUCCUGAACUUGCCUCUGCUGGGGGUUAAAGUCAGCCUUUCCUAGGUUUAGUAACAGUGUAAUUCCUUUAAAUGCCUUACCUGUAUUACAUGGUUGCCAUAAUUCUCAUAUUCUGGCUGUCAUCACACUAUGAAAUCUUUAAAUUUUCAAGAGAUGCUCUUCUUCACUGUCAGGUUAUUGAAUAAGUUGUGUGGAAGAUAUUAUCAUCAACUAAGCAUUAUUCAGUUUUAGUUCUUUAUUGCAGUAUAGAUAAUCAUGUGUGAUAAAGUACAUCUCCCCGAGGCAAGAGAGUUAACUGACUGUAAAAGUCCAGUUUCCACCCAUGCCGAACUAGGCUGGAAUUUCUGGGCUCGACAGUAGCGCAAUUAGUGGCUUUUAGGUGUGAUGUCCUUUCUAUGUCCCUCCUGUUGACCAAUCAGGUUCCACCUCUCAUAUCACUUGCAUUUGCUUCAAACAAAAUGGUGGCGCCCAGUCAAGACGAUCUGAUCUAUAAUCAAAAAUAUAAUUCCAUAAUUCUAGCCUAGUUCAGCAGGGGUGGAAACUGGACUUAAAUAGUCAGUUUACUUCCUUGCCUCAGGAAGAUGGAUAAAGUUAGACUUACUGAGUAGGAUUGGGAAGCAGUUUAGCUAGUGCAAGGGUUUGCUGGUGAACAUAUCCUUACUGUCUUCUUGUAGAGGAGAAGACAGGCACCUGUAUGAUGUAGACGAGUCCAUAGAAGUGACUUGAAUAGUGUUUUUAUGGGGAUCCUCAAUGCUGUGAUGAUGUACAAAGCACCACAUUUGUACAUAAUGUGUCAUUUCAAAUAGCUGGGGAGAACUUGUUAUUGGGAUAUUUUGUAAAAAGUGUCUAUUUUUGUAUUGGGUUAGUUUAUUAGAAACUUCUAGAAAGUGCUGGGUUUGUAGGUAAUGUCAUAUGCAGAUUUCAGAUAAUGUUUGCAUGUAUAUCUGUUUUCAGUGAAAGAUAUCAUGAUUGAUGUUAAUAGAAACAAACAUGUAUGUAAGGAUGUGCUAUGUUUUAUGUUUGUCACAAUACCGUGUGUCGUUCAAGACAUAUUUCAAAUAUUUCUGGGAUGAGUUAAAAUCUUAAAUAUUUUUGAAUUUGUCCUAUUUAUAAAUAGUGAUAUUACAUGUGUGGACAGAAAAAAAUUGGAACCAGUGGUUAAUAACUUUAUUAUCACAUACAAAGGGGGGAGGUAUACAGGCAUGGUUCUCUCCAUUCAUGGGUUAUAGCAUGUAACAGAUUAAAGGAUAACUAUUAACAGAGUUCUGUAGAUGUUAUCAGUCUGUAACAUUUUCAACAUCUUCUGUGAAAUAAAUUUGCCUGUGAAGCUGAAACUUUGCAUAGAUUAUCCUAUCCAGUGUGUCUCUAAAGUUUCUCAUAGAAUUUUGGCCCGAUUUCAAAUAUCAUUUUGUCAAUUAUUCAGGUAUUUCUGUAUGAAAUUUCACAUGUAGUAUAUAAAGUGUUUGUAAGAACAAUAACAUAAGAAAUGUUUUUUGUAUUUUUUGGUUAACCUGGAAUGGCCUUUGACAUUUUUAUCAUAGGUGAAAAUAAUGUUUAUUGUUGACUGCAAAUAAAGAUUAAUCGUUAAUAUCACAUAUAGAUGACCUGCCUACCUUGUGUCUAUGCAAUGUACCAAUGUAUUAGGUUUACUCAUCUGUGUAAUGGCUGUCUUCAAAAUCCACAGCGUGAAAACGCCCUAACAUGUAUGGUAAAUGUGACAUGCACCAGCCAGUGGGAAGCUGUUUUGAACACGUGUGGAUUCCAGAGCAAAGAAGGUCCCUGUGCUCAAUGUCACAAAGUCUGAUCUAAAGGUGGUGACCAUGUUUGGCUGGGCCCUGUUCCACAAAGCUAUCUGAUCAGUGUUAUGGCCUAAGACUGGUAGCUCCCAUUCUUUGACAUCGACUUAUCAUAGUCAUUGUGCUUUGAUAGCUUUGUUGGACUGGGCUCUGUCUAAUCCUCUCCAAUGGUGGAGUUUGGGCCUCAGUCAAUAACUAGCCUUCUAGGUACAGACUUUGUUUAAUGUCACACUUUGCAAUAUUCCAGCUAUUUGACAGUGACCUGUAUAUAAUCAAAUCUGGACCAGAUAAUCCAGUGAUUGAUGUUUGUGAACAAUGAUCCACACUCUCAUGGUAUGAUGACACAUUAAACAAGUCACUGAGCCUGACCACCUGAUCCUCUUGGUCUUAGGACCAUCAUAUGUUGUUAGGGACCCAUUCUAGCCUGGAAUCCUCACGGGGUUCAAGUCUGAAUACUUACGGGAUGCAACAUAAACUAACAUUCACUCCCUCAUGCUGGUUGGAAUUCUUUGGUUGUGUUUGAUUGUAUAGUUAAAGAAUGAAUCAAGUGUGUUGCUGGUAUACAGCGGUUACACUCUGCAUAUUACAAUGAUAUCUAAUUAUUAACACCUAAUUAAAAAGUGACUUGGACAAUAUGGUUCAAGCCAGUGGCUGUCAAAGUAAGUCUGAUUUAAUAUCAAACCUCAUUUUGUCUUCAAACUGAAAAUUUAGGACAAAAUUUAAUCUAGCUGUUAGUGAUUUCCUAAUUACAUGGUAGCAAUGUCUCUGUUUCUCAUACAUAACUAAUCAUGUUUAGGCAAGAUAAAAACUGGGUACAGACUGUAGAGCAUAUAUAUUAGUGUCUAUGAUGCUAUUUUUGUUUGGUCACUGGUCCAAGAGUUUCAUAAUCCCACCAAGAAGAUUGUAACUAAAUCAUGCUGACCUUCACCCUUCACCUGACCUUCACCCUUCACCUAUGCAUGGACAUUAUGUAGCUGUACUUUCCUCAUUAUUUAUUAUGAAGUAUGAUGUUUCAAGUGUAUUUAUGACCACUGUACAUCAGAAGGACCUUCAUCCAUUGUUUGGGUUAUCACAUGGGGUUGGUUCUACUCCACGGUCCCAGUAUAUGCAUCUGCAGGUGUAGUAACUAAAGCUGAAAACAGCCGUUUAGUUGAAACAAAACAACUUGUCAGGAAACAAGAUGAAUAAGUUUUAUCCUUGGGAUUUAAUGUUUAAGUGGUUAUUAAUUUUAUUAUACCAUACAAGUGGGAGGGUAUAUAGGUAUGAUUCUCUUCAUUCAAGUGUUGCCGGGGCACGGGUGGCCCAGUUGUCUAAGGCGGCGCAAUUUGCGAAUCCCAGUUCGCCAUGAUUAUGUUUCCAGUUUUGUCCGCACCAUAUCGUACCGGGUUUCAUCAAAGUGGUAAAGGUCUGAGACCUGCAUCACUUUAGGUUUUCCUCCCACAUUAAGCUGACACGCUGUGAGAUAACUGGGAUACUGUUCAAAGCAGCGUUAAAACCCAACUUACUCACUCUCGUGUCCCCAAGAGCAUAAGAGGAUAAUACAAAACUGUUAAUAGAGAUAUUGCAGUAUAGCUUUUUAGACAUUACUUUCCGUGUGAAAUCAUACAAUAACAAGGUCAAGGUCCUGAAUAAGUCUAUCAUAUCUAAACGGAAGUCCAAGUGAGCUCAUCUUAUGGCACUGAUUAUGUUGACAUUCUACCCAUCGUAAACGUUUACAUUUUCAACAUCUAAUAUUUUUGCCUAAGUAUGAAGCUGAAGCUUUGCAUGGAUUAUCCUAGACCUUUGAAAGAUGCUUCUGUAAUUCUGACCUGACCUUUGAACAUUAUCAUCAUUCUGUUUCACAAAAGUAAGGGGUAAGACCUGCAUGACAUCUUCUUUUGCUCAUAUUAAGCUGACAUGCCCUGAUAUGACCGAAAUACUGUUCAACUUAUCAUCAAUACUUCUCGGGUGUGUUUUCUGGAACAUACAAACUUGAUCUGUUCAAAUUGGCGUCAACCCAAACAGACUCAUGAGAUUUCUUACUAUAGUUGGGGAUAUGGAUGUUCUUAUUGCCACUUCUGGUCACUAUAUCCGUAAGCAUGUGUUGGCCUGUUAGGCUUGCUGGUGACUGGAGAGUGAGCUGGCCCUACAUGUAGAUACUGUACAUACUUGCUGUACAUAAUGCUGGGACACACAGGUCGUCCAUCUGUACCUGGUUGAACAAUAAAAGAAAAACUAUG